AUGAAUCCGGAAAAUCACUUUCUGAACGAAAAACAGAUUGCGUUGAAUGCUCUGGAGUUGGCCACAGAGAGUGAGGUCUUUGAGAAGCUCUUCACAAGCGAGCUCCAAGGUUCUGAGCAUCCGUCUGUGACAGUGGACUCUAUUCAAGAGAAGGACGCACUCGUCGAGCUUCUGCGCUUCUGGGCGUUCGCAGGAUCAGGACGUUCUUCCGCCGCGACCAGGUGCAGUGACGCCCUUGACCAAGACCUUCGAGCUAGCCAUUGAAAAAGCCAAAGUAUGCGGACUCGCCCAGGACGAUAUCUUUUCCGUUGAUAGAAGGAGAUUCUUUGGAUACAAGCUUGAGUGCGACCUUGCUCGAAGUUCUGCUUCAACGUUUGUGCUAGUCACAAAGCUGAGCACGUCCUUUUGGCUUAGCGAAGCCGAGCCGGACAACCAUCCCACAAAUGCUGUUGAGCCUGACAAUUCAAACCCAUUGUUCGUCAAACUUCGAGUUGAGCAAGAUCAAGGGCAAGGAUUCACCGUUGUAGGCAACAUCCCGACUAGCCAGCAGAUUGCGAUGGGCGAAGACUGGGUGAACUUCACGGCCAUCAGGUUGAGAGCUGGUAGUCAAGGAAGCAGUGAAGAGUUGCUAGCAGAAAACUUCGUUGAGCAGAAGUUGAAACUUCGAGUCUCGAUAACAUUCCCGUAGGUUUAUCAUAGAUGCAUCAAUGGAGGGCGAAGUCGAGUUUGUCGUAAUUCUUCUUUCGACAGGAGAUGAAGUAUACUGGGU